CUGUUUUCUAGGCCUCUAGUUUACGUUACGUAUAUUAUAGUAAAAAUGCACCCAAAAGUUAUCUGAGCAUGAUUCCUGAACGCACCCUAGUAUAGAUGCUGUGAUCAGAUGCAUGAUAUAAAAGAGCUCUGAUACAAUAAUGUCAACAAUCACAAUUCAAUGAAAACGGAUUAACAGAGUGCUAUUUACAUGCUAAAGAUACAUGUGACAGUUGCACAUUAAAAUUACAAAACAAGAUGAGAGCUAUAUUGAUAUUCGAUCAUCUGAAUGAUGUGUUAUUUGUAAAAUGCAAUAAAAAAUUUGCAAUUCAUAUUAUGAAGCUGGCGAGGAUACAGGGAUUGCUCGAUGACGAUAAGGGUAUCAUAGACUUGGAAGAGUCUAUACCGAGUCCUAACAUGAUAAUGCAAUUAUUUUCACCUAUAGUCACCUCACAACAUGUGAUGGCUUCGCAGUUUGGAAAUUCUUAUACUUCUAUGAAGUUCCAGGAUGGAACUAAUAUGGUAUUUGAUGAGUACAUUGGCUAUACCUUCAUAUAUAUCGCUGCAAAAGAUGUAGAACUCAUGAGACGUACGCUAGGAGUAUGCGUAUCUAUUGUACGACAUGUGUGUGGUCCAGAUAUUGCAAUAUUAAAGACCAACUGGCAGAAGAUGUGUUUAGUGUCUUCUCUGUUGGAUGCGUGGUCUAAUCUAAGAAAUUGUGAACAAAGCAUGUUGACUGAAGCAGUGGAACAAUUGUCUGUAAAUGCAGAAGUGGCAUCUUCAAUUCUCAAGGUGCUGCACGAUGCAUGUGACAAGCUGAAAAAUUCACAGUCUGAAUUUAGCAAUCUGCAUUUACUGCUCCUGGUGGGAUCAAAGUUUCUAUCAUUGUACUCCAGCAAGAACGCUCACGAUCUGUGUGCUUCAGAUAUUUUGUUGAUGACCCUGCUAUGCUGGGUAGUGAAUAAAAAGCGAAAGCAAAAUCGGUCAGAAAGCAAUGAUGAUUGCUAUGAUAAUGAUAUCUUGUUACCAGAAAGCAGCAUUUUGAAAAGCGAUGAAACAAAAUUAAACUUUGGAGCUAAGCUGGCCACUCCUACUUCAGAGGACAUUACGGAUCUCUUUAGAGGUUCCAGGGAAUCUUCUGUGAACGAAGGUCUCUCAUCAUUAACUAAUGAUGAUCUCUACAGCCAAUCAUUUCUCCUCGGCUGUCAGCAUAACUAUACAGCUAAUGCAGUUCACAUCUUCGAAUUAUCAGAUUCCAUUAACUUGAUAACAAUUGUUGAAGCAACAAAUCUGUCCAUUUCUUCUGGUUUAUGUGAUAGUUUCCAUUAUUUAAAUCUAAUAAACAAUCUACAGUUUCAACGAGACAUCGAUGAGAUGAAACCAGCCUUUGAGAAUCUUGAUGCAGCAAUUAAAAAAGUGCUGGAAGGAAUUAAAAAGAAUCGUUCUAAUGUGGGAAAUGAUGUCGAUAUGUGUCAGAAAAGAUUGCAGACCAAAUGGGAUUUUGUUCGGAAAAAGUACAGUGAUCUUCUGCGCUCCAGAGAUCCCGAAGUGGUCUUACAGAUUGAAGCUAAUACUUCUGGCUUUGUAGAGACUUUGAAAGAAUUAUUGCGUCUAACCUGUUUUGACAAGAACUUCCUGAAGCAAGGAAUUGAUGUUUUGACAACGAUUGGCAGACUUGUGAAACAGAAACUAAAUGAUUUCAGUGACUUCCUGAAAGUCAAAGCUCUAAAAAACUUCACGCUGGGAUCAAGAACUUCCCUAACUAUCAACAAAUAUCUUGAGGAAUUUCCAGGUCUAGUGCAUUUCAUCUACAUCGACAGGAAUACCCAUAGACUUGUAGCGCCUACACUAGACUUCACGAGCACGGAAACGCUCGCUCUCACAAUGAAAAAAAUCUGGAACAUGGUUGAACAAAGUAGAAUGCAUUUACAAGAAGGUCAUCUAUCAGUUAUGUGGAAAGAUACUACAUUCAAUUAUUCCUACUUUUUAUGGUUUGAAGAUAAUUCCGGAUGUUCACCACCGAAGUGUAAAGUCUAUCUUAACUAUGUCAUGAAAAAUUUCCCAGUACCAGGUAUACUUUGUGGAGAUUAUUACAGAAAAUUAACAGAGACGUGUUUUCCAAAACUCUCGCCGAACAAAGUACGGAUCUAUGAAUUAUACUGUGUACACUUAGGACUGACUACAUCAACUUGCGUUCUGGAACAUUCUCGUAGACUGGCAGCCACCAUCUGGGAAGUCACCGGCGUACCAAACAAUCUUGCGGAUAUAUUCUAA